UUAUAGAGAAGCCCAUGUCUCACAGUAAUAGGGAAGAAAAACAUAACUGGGGAAAAUCUUUCUCUUUCAAAAAAGGUUUACGAACUUUGUCCAAUCCGAAUCAGGACUUUGAGAGCCAACAAAACAGUUGUAGUAGAAAAAAGUCUCUUAGCUUUAAUAUAAGAAAGGAAAUAUACUCGAAGGGGACUGAACAUUUAAAUAAGGCAAAGAGAAAAGAGCAUUCGCAGAGUCAAGGAAAAUUUUCGCUAUUUAGGCGAACUUCCGCUUUACGAAAACGCUCAAACUAUGAAAACAUCAAGGAGGAGGAUAUCCUAGGCUCAGUUGAUAUAAUAGAGAGCGACUUAUUUGAGCCGGAAUACGAAACUGCUUCUCCUAGCCAGACAAGCGAAAGGAGCCUUGCUACUACUUCUAGUUCGAGCUACAUUAGAGCGAGGGAAGGCGAAACAGAAGGCCCAAGAAGCGAGACUGAUGAUAUAUCACAAUCUUUCAGCAGCUUACAACUUGGGAAAGACGACGUCUAUGUUCGACCUCUCGGCGCUACAUUUGAAGUAGACGAGCCAGAGGAGAAUUGCAAGGGGCCUCAAAAAUCGCUUCAAGAUGAACUAAAGGAAAACUCUCACGAGGGUGAGGGGGAAGUUGAUAAGUUAAAUAAUAGUUCAAGUCUCUCACUAGAGAGAGGUGAAGAGAAUAAUAGAUUUAUUUCCCUUCCGGGUAUUUGUUUACCGGCGGAAAGGACAAUGGAGGAACUUGCAAGGCGCCGCGAAGCAUUUGUGAGCUUGCGCUGUAUAGCAGUCAUGAAAGGCGGGAGAUAAAAAUCAAGCAGAUGGACGAGUUAUAAAUAUAUGAUACUUUUAAUUAUUUUUUAUUGGUUUGUUUUGUA